AGCCUUAUUCUUUACUUCAGAUAGAUUACAAAAGAUCUGUUAUGUUUCCUGUCUAAAUCAUGUUGAAGAGAGAUGAAAUCUAGACCAUCAAAUAGAAUUUGUGCAUGAGGCAUGUUAGAAGGAUUUGAAAUACCUACGAUCUCAGAGGCAAAAGAAUAUAAGAACUUUGCAGAAACGUGUGUUAGAUUUUUAAACUGCAAAAGAUAUUUUCUUCAAAAUGUAUUUAACUUACCAUCUGAUAUGACCACAGUGAGGGUGUGCAUGGCGUGUUUGAAUAAAACAAAACGUUGUGAAUUAAAGUACAAUACUUGGUUUCACAGACGCUCUCUCAAUGAGGCAAAUUUGAGCGAAUUUAGAAACAAAUAUACUCAGAAUCGAGGCCUGUUUGUCAUACCACAUCAAACUCAAGAUGAACUGACUCAGACAUACACUGACAGACAGAUCAAAAUGGACAGAUUAAAGACACUUCAACUGGGAAGAUUCUGUGCGGAUCCCUUCAAACGUCACAAACAAAGUAUUAACAGAGAUCUGAGAAACAUACCAGGAGCACUGGCGGCACAAUUUCAUCUUAAUCCUAGUGUCAAGGCAUGCAAAGUUUGCUUGCGUAUGAUGGAGGGAAGAAAACAUAAAAGGCUAGAUGUGUCCUCUGAGGCUGGAGCAGGAAUACUGAAUGGACUUUUAAAAGAUUACAGGCUCAAUGAUAAUAUAGCCAGGUAUAGUUUUCUUAAAUUUAACUCUGUAAUCUGUGAAAAAGUAGAUUUAUUUCGGGAUUUAAAUGAAAGAAAAUUUCCCUUGAAACGAGGAUUCCGGAAAAAGAUGCUCGACGAGGCAAAGAUGGAAAAAGAACAGGCUAUGGCAGUUAAAGCAUUAUCUCAUCAUCAGAAUAAUGAUCAGGGUAAAAGACCUCCAGUCACCAGAAGUAAAAACAACACCACACCAGCAGUUGAACUCCUGGAGAAUCAUGAUGAAGGAGAUGUUAAAGUUAAAGAUGAUAUUGACACUCUUGUAAGUGAUGAUCCGUUAUCAACUGAGAUUCAGGAAGAUGGCUCUGACUUUAUGGAUAAUAUAGGAAUACUGAAUCCUGUGUUUAUCAUAGAAGAAAUUGAAGAUGUCUCUGAAAAUCCUUCUGCAUUCCCCCAGUAUGUCAAACAGGAAGCUGAUCCUUUGGAAUUAGAUCCUUUGGCAACAAUCUCGGGAGCAUCUGUCGAGGGAGGUAAAGAGAGCAUUAUUAGCAAGAUGUACCUGGACCUUCCAGAGCGUGAUUCAGAGCGCGAAGCAUCCGUGUAG